UCCCGAAUACGUAUAUGAAAAGAGUUCUGGCUACUCCUGAUUCACCUCCACCUGUACUCCUCCAUUUCAGUUCCCAUGUUCAGGCGGGGGUGGACUGAAAAUGCGUUUACCUGUUCUCCUCCUCCGCAUUUUGUUCCAUUCUGAGCUGUUCCCGCCUCAUCAUGUCCGGCUCCCGUUCCCUGCGCGCCGUACUGUGAUCCUCAAGCUGCACCGUCGCCCGGAACGCUAUGCUCAGAGUGUCGCAGGUGGGGUGGGGUGACAGAAUCCACU